CCAAUGUCGGUCGGCAAUGCAACCGACCCAGCCCGUCGAGACCGGCCCAAAGUGGAAACUGAGCGAGGUGGAGUUAUCUACUUGCUUCCUGAUAAUCUUAGCGAAAUUGGUGUGGAGUACGUUGAGGUUUACAUCAGUGAUACUUCAAAUGAAUGUGGCAACAACUUAUCAAUUGAAAAAGAUGGUGAUUGUACAAAAUUUCAAAAACUUGAUGUUCAAACCAAUGUGCAACUCACACCAACAUCUGUACUCAAGGAAAACAAAAGAGCAUAUUCAGGGGCUACUACAAAACGGCAAAGUGUUUGUUCCGGACAUCAGAACCGUCCAUGCCAAGGAUUUGAACUUCAUCCUUCGUUCCGGGAUAUACGUGCAUUGGGACGGAUAACUCCGGGCUUCGCACCUGAUCCUCGGAGUAGAGCCAGUUUACUCCACCUGGCAGAACUUUAA